AUGGUAGAGUACCGUCUAGUCGGUGGCAGUGUCAGUCCACCACAUGCUUGGCCCUGGACAGUGCAAAUUUUAUGGAAUUCUGGAAGGCACUGUUGCGGAGGUGCUUUAAUUGAAGCUGAUAUUGCUGUUUCGGCAGCUCACUGUUUUAGAAGGAAUUUGGAUCCCAGCAGUUAUAGGCUACUGCUCGGUGGAUUUCGUUUUGGAAGUGGUGAGGAAUACAAAGUGGUGAAUAUAUCUGUGCAUCCUAAAUUUAACCUUUUUCGUUCUUUAUAUGAUAUCGCUCUUAUGAGGUUCGAACCUCCUGCACUUUUUAGCGAGAUUAUUAGGAAGGUUUGUUUACCAAAGGUUCCCGCCUCUGUACGCCAAAAAUGCAUUGUUACAGGUUGGGGGCACGAGAGGGAGAUGGGUAACUGCUCAACGGUGCUGAAAGAAAUUGCUGUACCAAUUUUUCCUUACCGUUUAUGCAACGAUAGCUCUCACUACAAUGGCCAAAUUCAUCGAGAAUCGAUGCUUUGCGCUGGCUACGAGGAGGGUGGUAUAGACGCAUGUCAAGGCGAUUCGGGAGGGCCCCUGUUUUGCUUUGUUGAUGGGGCUUGGGUACUAUAUGGCCUUGUCAGUUGGGGAAAGGGAUGUGCACAGCCAAGGAAAGUUGGUGUGUAUACUAAGGUGUUAAGCUUUGUAUCAUGGAUUGCUGAAGAAACUAGCCGUCUCCACAAUCAGAGUUUGAGUGUUUGA